UUUUCAGUUGGCAGUUCAGAAAAACUAAAAAUAUUAACUUGUUUUCAUUUAAAAAGAAAAAUGUCGGAUCCAAACAGAAUGCAGGAAGAUUAUCCUGCGGCUUCAUUUCGAAUGAAAAUAGUUAAUAGGCUGGAAGAAGUUAUGAGAAAUAGUCAGACCCAGAUGCCCAAAACUAGUUCUGAAAUGGAAGAUUAUGUGUUCAACAAAGCUCGUACAAGAGAAGAGUAUUUGGAUCUUGUGGCUCGUCUCUUGCUUACAGUUUCAGACCAAAAUAAAGAUAAAAAAAUGAACCUUAACAUGGGUCCAAACAUGGGUCAGCCAGGAGGUCCAAUGAGACCACAGGUUUCAGUGUCAGGACAAGACCAGGACCCUAUGAAUGCACUUCAGAGCCUAGCUGGACCAUCCAUGGGGCGCCAACAGCAUGGAGAAAUGUUUGGCGGGUCGUAUGAGCAAACUGGUGACCAGUUCGUAAACCAGUUUGAUUCUUUAGGUGGAAUGAUGCAAGGAAUGGGAGGCCCUAUGGUCAACCAGCAGCAAAUGGCCAACCAGCAGUCACAGCAGCAGCGGAUGAUGGACAUGAGGCAACAGCAGCAACAGCAAAUGCAGCAGCAGCAACAGAGAAUGAUGAUGAAUAGGAUGCCCCAGUUGCAGCGACAAGAUGCCUUUUUAGUGACCUCUCCUCAGGGUAUGGCUGGUGUGCAGGGACAACCUAUACCAUCAUCAACUGGGAUAUCUUACCAAGGACCUGGUGGACCCAUCAGAAAUAUGGGACCUAUUGGUUUGUCUGGACACUACAUGCAGGGUAGAGACAUGGGGUUGCAAGGUAUGCCAGUACAAUCACCAGCUCAGAACUCCCCUCUGACAAUGCUUCCAUCCCCCCAUGGAAUGAUGCCAUCACCAGGUAUGCGACCACAGAUGGGCGUGGCAUCUCCCAGUACUGUGUUGCACACUCCAGGCACUGCUGUGUCUGACCCAAGUCCAGGACCCCCCAGCACCUCCUUGGAAGAGCAGGAGUACAUCAGGAAACUUGAGAAGCUUUCUUGCUACAUUGAGCCUCUGAGAAAGUUUGUGCUAGAGUCAGAGAAGAAAACAGAUGAAGACAGCAAGAAGAAUCACAAGAAAAUGAAAAGUCUUCUGGACAUUUUGUCCAACCCAAAGAAAAGAGUGCCCAUCAAUGUCCUUGAGAAAUGUCAACAAGUCCUAGAAAAACUGCUUAACAAUUUAUUACAGACUACCAGUUUCAAUGUGCCAAUAACCCAGGGUCACAUGUGUCAGCCCCUGUUGGAUGCUGUUGCCCAUUUCUCCACUGCCACUAUGCUGAACCACUCUCUCCACCGGACAUUUGGACCAGCUCUUGAGGCUUACAAAGGAGCAUCUCUUAUCAAAGCUCCCAGCCCACCUGUCAGCAGAAAGAGAAAGUUAGAGAAAGAGAAAACUGAGGAGCUGCCAGACAUUCUGCAAGGGGAGAUAGCUCGGCUGGGACGUCGGUUCAUUGUGUCUGUGGACCCAAGACACCACCCUGGAUCUGAGUCCCACCACCUGGUUUGCAAACUUGAGGACAUCAACCUACCCAGCGUCCCUCCUCUGAUGGUAACUAUCCCGAAAACGUACCCCAAGUCUAGUCCAAGAUGCGACCCCACCGGCUGUCCAGGAUAUGAUGCUACCGAAUUUCUACAAAAUGUCCAACAGAAUCUUUCAGUCCAUUUGUCCAACAUGCCCAAUAGAUUUUGUUUGACUCAGUUACUGAGCUCCUGGGAGCUGAGUGUGAGGAAAGCCUGCGAUCCGGUCAACCCUCUGAUUGCCCAGCCUAGCUCCGCCUUUGUGUGAGCUGACCAAUGUAUUUGUUCGUGUGUCUUCUAGUCCAGUCUUGUGUUUGUCAUUGCUGGCUGACGUGUGUAAUUAAAAUCCAAUUAGAUGUUGUCAUUUCUUCAGA